GGGUAUUCUCGUGCGUUGAGAUAUUUUUGUAGGACCACACACUCACUCACUCACUCACGCACACAGCACAGCACAACACAACACAAGAGAAGAAAGAAAGAAAGAAAAGCUCAGUAACCGUUUCAAACCUCAGAUUCAUUUGACCGUUGCAUCUCACACUUUCAGUGCAUCAUUCAAAUCUCACACUUCACUCCUACCACCACUCUCCUCCGUCCAUUUCCCUCCUAAGCUAAUCAAUCCAACGUCUCACAUUCACUCACCAAUAACAAACACUCUUUCUUUCUUUCUACUCCUUCAUCUUCUUCUUCUUCUUUCUUUCUAACAUAACACCAUGUUUGGAUAAUUAAUAAAACACCAUUUCCAAUAAUCGAUUCUCAAAUAUGCCUGUUUCAACUCGAUCUAAAAUCACUACACAAAAUGACUUAAAUCAUCCAUCAAUGCUAAACCCUCACCAUGGCCUCAAAGAAAAACUCAAAACCCUCACUCUCUUAUAUGAACAACAAAAACAAGCUUCUAAAUCUCUCACCGCCAUGCGUGACAGAAACUCAAUCACUACAAACCCUAACUCAUCAACCGUCACAAAAACCUUCGUCUUACCUCAACCACCUUCAUCAAUCAACGAUGACACCAAAGAAAAUCAUAAUCUCAUCGCUGGAUCCGAUCGAAUUGUCGGAUUUACCUAUCCAAGAAAAGUUUCAUCAACAGCAACAAAUUCAGUUCCACCUAAAAAUUUGAAUUCUGCCGCCGUUGCUCGGAGACUGUCGAUGCCGGCGGCGACGGGGAAGGGGAAAGAGGAAGAGUUAGGGAAAUGUGUGAGCAGGAUUAUGGUGUUUGUUAGGGUUAGACCGAUGAACAAGAAGGAGAAGGAAUUGAGUUCACGGUGCUGUGUGAGAAUCGUUAAUAACCGUGACGUUUAUCUAACGGAGUUUGCGAAUGAAAAUGAUUAUCUCAGACUUAAUAGGGUUAAGGGACGACAUUUUACUUUUGAUGCUUCUUUUACUGAUUCGGCAACUCAGGAACAAGUUUAUUCCACCACAACCUCGGAACUUGUGGAAGCGGUUCUGCAGGGGAGGAAUGGAUCGGUUUUCUGUUAUGGUGCCACGGGAGCUGGAAAAACCUAUACAAUGCUUGGUACUGUGGAGAAUCCAGGGGUGAUGGUUUUGGCUAUUAAGGAUCUUUUCAGUAAAAUCAGGCAGAGAAGUUGUGAUGGAAGCCAUGUGGUUCAUCUUUCCUAUCUUGAGGUUUACAAUGAAACUGUCAAAGAUUUGAUUUGCCCUGGAAGGCCUUUAGUCCUUAGAGAAGAUAAACAGGGGAUCGUGGCAGCUGGUCUUACACAAUAUAGAGCUUCUUCUGCAGAUGAGGUGAUGGCAUUGCUUCAACAAGGAAAUCGGAGCCGAACCACAGAACCAACUCGUGCAAAUGAAACAUCUUCACGUUCCCAUGCAAUUUUGCAGGUUGUGGUUGAAUACCGAGUUAGAGAUGCUGCAACAAUGAAUAUUGUUAACCGAGUUGGCAAACUCUCAUUAAUUGAUCUUGCAGGGUCAGAGAGAGCUCUUGCUACAGAUCAAAGAACACUUAGAUCUCUUGAGGGUGCCAAUAUAAACCGGUCUCUUCUAGCACUCAGCAGCUGCAUCAAUGCUCUUGUAGAAGGCAAGAAACACAUACCGUAUCGAAAUUCAAAACUCACUCAACUUCUCAAGGAUUCACUUGGAGGAACUUGCAAUACUGUCAUGAUUGCAAACAUAAGUCCAAGUAGCCUCUCAUUUGGUGAAACUCAGAACACCGUUCAUUGGGCCGAUAGAGCCAAAGAGAUUCGGCUAAAGGUGAGCGAUACCAAUGAGGACCAAUUGCCAAUGCCUGAGACAGAAUCUGACCAGGCGAAGCUGGUACUUGAGCUACAAAAGGAGAAUCGUGAAAUAAGAAUGCAGCUAGCACGGCAACAACAGAAGCUCUUGACUCUAGAAGCACAGUCUUUAGCUUCACAUUCCUCUUUAACCCCACCAUCUUCCGCUGCAACUUUAUCUACUACUCCAAGUUCUGCCCAACCAAGUGAAAAACGAAGGACUAGAUCCUCUUUCUUGGCUGGAACUUGUUUCACUCCAGAAACCAAGAAGAAAGGAGCUGAGUUAGCUGUGAGGACACUACAACGGACAGUGAAAGCACUUGAGGCUGAGAUAGAGAGAAUGAAGAAAGAUCAUAGCUUGCAGCUAAAGCAGAAAGAUGAUGUCAUUCGCCAGCUUACUCAAAAGUGUGGAAAACAAGCAUUAACAAACGGUGAAUUGGGGAAGAGAGUGGUAACCGGAGCUGCUAGCCUACAAGGAAAGGAGCCAAAGAAUGGUGAAUUGAAGAGUCAUCCUCGUCUUCGAUCACCGGCUCCAACUGCGAAAAAACGAAGCUUUUGGGACAUAACCACAAAUAAUAGUCCAUCAGUUACUACGUUAAAUGGGAGAAAAACUAGAAGCCAUGUCCUUUCAGAACAUACAGCACCUCCUCCAUCCAUGCUUCUUCAGCCUGGUUUUGCUCGUCAACAAGCCAAUAGUUAAGAGUGAUAUAUGAAGGAUUGCAAGAUGAAAUUGCCAGAAUAUCUCGGUAUGAUAUCGAGAUUAUUGCACGCUUGAUAAAAGCUCCUCCUUUGUGGCCAUCUUUUAUGCCUCUGCACAAAGGAUAAUAGUGCAGUCAGUUGCAAACCAGAGUAUCCUUGCUAUUGAAGCUUUUGGGGAGAACUCCAAACGAUUUAGCGUAAAUGUAAAUUCAUAGAUUUUUACGACAUAGAUAGAUGCAUUUUUAGUUAUUACAGCAUCAGAAAACUGAAUGCAAUGGUUGUGUAAAUUUGUGAUUGCCUUGAUAUAUUAUGUACUUCAUUUUAUUUUAUUUUUACCAAACCCAUGUACUUCAUUUAUUCAUAAUUUUAUUGUCAAUUUUUCACUUGA